AUGGAGCUGGAGAAUCAUACCAUGGUGACGGAGUUCAUCCUGUUGGGACUCACCAGCCAGCCUGAUGAACAGCGGAUCCUCUUUGCCACAUGUUUGCUAAUGUUUCUGGCCACAAUCCUUGGAAACUUCCUCAUCAUUGCCUUGAUCUGGGCAGACUCUCGCCUCCAUACCCCCAUGUACUUUGUCAUCAGCAACCUCUCCCUGUUGGACAUCUGCUUCACCCUGGCCACUGUCCCCAAGAUGCUGGCCAACAUGCUUUCGGAGAAGAAGUCCAUCUCCUUUGCUAGCUGUGCAGCCCAGCUCUGCUUCACCCUCUGCUGUGGCAUAACUGAGUGUUUUAUCCUGGCUCUCAUGGCUUUUGACCGCUACGUAGCGAUCUGUCGGCCCCUCCAUUACUUGCUCAUCAUGAACAGGAGGAUCUGUGGCAUCAUGAUAAAUGGUGGCUUUUUCGGUGCUGCAGUGCUGACUGGGGUCACUUUCAGUUUUCCCUACUGUGGCCCCAACCAUGUUGACCAUUUCUUCUGUGAGCAGCCAGCUGUGCUGCAGCUGGUCUGUGUGGACACCUCUUCUGUGGAGGUCCUCAUCUUUGCCCUUAGUGUGGUUGUCCUGAUGCUGCCUUUUUUCUUCAUCCUGGCCUCCUACAUAGCCAUUGCAGGGGCUGUCCUGAGCAUGAGCUCUGCUGCUGGCUGGCACCGUGCCUUCUCCACUUGUUCCUCCCACCUGACUGUGGUCACCAUGUUCUAUAGCACCAUUAGCUUCACCUACCUGCGCCCCCAGGCUACGCAGUCACGGGAGCAGGAGAAGAAGGUAGCUGUUUUCUACUCCAUUGUUUCCCCCAUGCUCAACCCUGUCAUUUACAGCUUCAGGAACCAGGAUGUCAAAGGGGCCUUUGCCAAAGUUCUGGGAAAAAAUUGA